GGAACAUCCUGCAAACACAUUUGAGACUCGGAACAAAACUCCAUGCAGUUUUCUCCCUCUCUGCUGGCUGCGAGCUCACACCAGCCUCGUGUUCCCGCCGGGAUGCCUCCUCGUCUGACCUCCGGAGAGGAAGUCCCGACACUUUGAGUGAAGUCGCCCAGUUGUUGUGUAGUUGACUCUGCGGGUCGCUGCCCCCCUUGUGUGUUUAUGUUUGGACGCGCGGCGGUGGGACAUCCGGAAUGGGGAAUCCGUAGGAGGAGACGACGCUCGCGGGCGUGCGGUUGGUAUAUAGAGCGCGAGUGGUACCAACGCGCGCGCGUGCCCCUUACGCACGAGAUGGACUUUAAGAAGACAAAAUUUGGAAGGUUCAUGAACCACAGGGUCCCAGCCAGUAAGAGAUACCAGCCUACUGAUUAUGAACAUGCUGCAAACUGUGCCACACAUGGGUUGUGGAUUCUUCCCAGUCUGGUGGGCGGGUCUGUGCUCUACUUCCUGUCUGUGGACCAAUGGCAUCGUGUGGCUGCCUGGCUUUAUGGCAGCGGUCUCACCGGCCUGUUCGUCACCUCAACACUCUUCCACACUGCUGCCUGGAAAAUCAGCCACCUCCGGAAGGUGGAGCAGCGUUUCCACAUGUGUGACAGAAUGGCCAUCUACUUCUUCAUAGCUGCCUCCUACUCUCCCUGGUUGAUGCUGAGGGAGCUGGGACCCUGGUCGUGCCACAUGCGCUGGCUGAUAUGGGUCAUGGCCUGUGUAGGAUCCAUGUAUGUCUUCUUUUUCCACGAGAGGUACAAGCUGGUGGAGCUGUUUGGAUAUGUGGCCAUGGGGUUUGUUCCUGCUCUGGUCAUCCUGUCUAUGGUGGAUCGUGCAGGUGUUUGUGAACUGGCAGUGGGAGGCAUCUUCUAUGUGGUGGGCGUGGUCUUCUUUAAGAGCGAUGGCCUCGUCCCUUUUGCCCACGCCAUCUGGCAUCUCUUCGUUGCAGCGGGAGCAUGCAUUCAUUAUUAUGCCAUAUGGAGGUACCUGUAUUUACCAGGGCCACUGCUGCACACAUCGAGGUGACUAGGCCACCUAAGAUGACGUGAUUUCACACGUGUCUGAGGAGAGUGUAUUUUAGUCACGAGACCACUGUGUUUUGACAACAACUGACCUGACUCAUGUGGCGACACCUGGAGAGAUGGUGCUGAGAUGAUCUGUCAGUAUUGACUGCGACAGAUCAGAUGAAAUUCUCCAAAAGCGGGGCCAAAACCACAGGACCAAACUGUUCAACUAAAAAUCCUUUCAACAUGCUAUAUGAUGAAAUUCAACUGAGCCCUGGGUAUGAAUCUCAUCAACACAUGGGAGAUGUUUGCAUAAACAGGGCUACAUACAACGUGCCAGGUAGUAUAGAUUGCCAAUAUUCAGUUAAAGGAGUUGUUAAACAUUUUGGAAAAUAUGCUAAUUAACUUUCUUUAUAGAGAGUUAGAUGAGAAGAUUGACAUAUGUGGCUAGCCGCUGGUUAGCCUAGCACAAAAAAUGGAAACUGAGAACUUUAAUCUCUGUAACUGAACAGAUGAUAUACAGUCAGCUAGUAAACUCCACCCUUUCCAUAUUCCAACCAUAAGUGAUGUGCCAAAAGUAACCACACAGGAAUUAUAUAUUUGUGCUAAACCCCCACUUUUAAUAGCCAUUUUUGCACAGCAGCAAAACAUGAAAAUAUUGUCACGAAUCAACAAGUCAUGUUUGGAAAGGCCAAAUUCUGUGUGCAAGAUGCUGCCCCUGAUUUCAUAAACAAACAUACUCACCAUAGGUUGACAUUUGACUGUGUUAAGCAAUUUGGAGAGACUUAAGGUCACUAUAUAAUAACUGGGUGACACACUGAUACGAAUUAACAGACACUCACUGUGAUUUGUAUUUAUCAUUAAUCAGCCUCAAAAUAAUCUCUAAUGAUUUUACUGCAAUGUGAUUCAAAAGAUUAAAAGUCUAAUCGUACAGCUGAUGUCAUACUAACUGUAUUCUGGGUCAAAUGUUAAAUUCUCAAACAAUGUCGAGGCUAUUUCCAUUGAUUAUCUUGUUUAGACGACUAUGACUGCCAGUUGUUUUGUUUAAGUGAUGCACUCUCAACCUCGAGCACUUUUCUAUCAGCAACAGUGAUGAAUAAAAUGUAGAAUUUCCUAAAAGCUUCUGAAUAUGACAGAAUUAACAGACGGGCAUGUUAUACAUGUAGAUUGUAUGUGCACAUUUUUAUACUUCUUCAAACACUGUUUAGAUCACACUUGCAGGUUUUCUCUAACUUUUAGUAGUUAAACUGUUUCUGUUGGCAACAGAGCACUUACUCAGGAAGUAAGCAUUUCUUUCUUUUUAAAAAAAAUAAUCAGAUCUAUUUUGUAAAGAAAUGUUUUCAUUGUAUUAAAGAAGAGACACUAUAUUA